AUGGAGAGCCCCUCGCUGGAUCCCGGCAUACAAUCGGAUAGCAUACCUGGCAACACUAAGUAUCAUUUGGCUUUGAUCAAGUUUCUACAAGAUGUCCAUCACUUCUCUGUGAUAUUUAAUAAGACCGAAGGAAACCUGAGUCAAAUUAGUACCGAUUACGAUCUGAUCGGUGCUGGAAUUCUGCAAAGCCUGACCCAAUCUCCUCCAGUGCACAUUCGCAUUAUACAUCAAAGCUGGAGUUACAGCGUAAGCUUCAUUUUUCGUUUAACACCCGAAAUUGGAGGAAUCAUUCGGGAAACUGGAUACCUGACACGGUUUACGAUGGAAGUAUGGUGUGCCUUUGGUCUAAUCCUGGUGCUUAUAUUGGUCUCACUCCAUCUGCUAAAGCACUGUCACGAUUCGUUAUCACGACCGACGGAAACAACGAUUCAUUUUUUAACCGAUAUGAUUGGCAUGUUAGCUCAGCAAGGUACAUCGCAGGGAUGCUCUCGCGCCCCGGUACGUAUUGUACUGUACACUGUGCUUCUCGCAAAUUAUAUCCUGUACAACUACUACAUCGCCUCGAUCGUCGGUGAGAUGCUGAGCACCAGAAAUAUGGGACCUCAAUCGAUCGAACAACUAUCCAGAAGUCCCCUCCUAGUGGUUUUCAACAACGAUUCUUACAAUCGGGCACUUGUUGAGCUCGCAGGUGCUUCAGCAAUCAACGGAAACUCCAUUCCGAUUUACACUAAUGUGGCCACUGCGGUCCCACUGCUACAAUACGAGAGUUUCGCUUUUCAUUGCGAGUUAAAUGAGGCCCUCGGAGAUAUUGCAAACCGCUUCGAUGCAGGAGAAAUUUGUGAGCUAAGAACGAUGGACGGACUGCUCACUUCACUACGAAUGAUGAGUUUCGUACUACCCAAGGACAGUAUGUACACCGAGCAGUUCCGACUAACGUAA